AACAAUCUCCGUCAAACCGGGGUACCGGACCUUGCAAAACGAAUACGCCCAUUGGUGAGCUGUCACUUUUUGAGGAUGCAAACUGCUAUCAGCUAACCACAAUUUUCACCAGUGGCGGUUAGUAAAAUUUACCAGACUGGGCACCCGAACCUAGAUAAACGUUGGUCUUUCCAAAACCGCCCACUGUUUGGAGGGGGAAAAAAAGUUAUAGGAUAGGUAGCUAGCUAGAGCUAGCUCACCAUGACUCGCUCUUCCUAACGCUUCCCGGAGAGUCGGUGUGACAACAACGGAGGCUAACGUUCACUACCUGGGUACAACGGGGAAAAGGUCAAUGAAUCCUAAACUAUUCCCUUGGGACAUAUAGAGAUGUACUCACCAUCUAGAAAGGACUUCAUCGCGUUGACCCUCAGUGACCAACACAGCCGUAGCUACAACAACGGAAAGCACCGCCGCCAGUCCUGCUGGAGGAAGUGGAAGCAGCUGUCUCGGCUGCAGCGCAGUCUCAUCCUCUUUCUGCUAGCUCUGCUGCUGAUAUGUGGACUUCUCUUCUACCCAAGCUUCUCAGAGCAAUGGGGAGGCAUGUCGGACAAGGCGGUAAGGGAGGACUGGGAUGAAGACUGGGAAAGAGGCCUGAAACCCUUCCCACCAGGGGUAAACCCUGUGGCUGGCCCAGCUGGAGGUCCGGCUGUGGGCCUGGCUGGUGUAGCAGUCGGCCCAGGGUUGGACCCAGGGUUGGGUCUAGCUGUGGCUCCAGGACUCAUACCAGAGGUCAUUCCAGAACCCCGGAGGCCAAAGGUCCCCUCUAUACCCAAACCUCCAGCCAAGAAGAGACCAUUCCCCAACAAGAGAGGCCCUCCAAGCCUGCAGAAGGAGCGGAAUGUAUCAGAUUCACUGGUAAAACCAGCUGAGAAAGUGCCAGUGGAGAAAGCUGAAGAGAAGGAGGGAGAGAAGCCUCUUGUCAGCUGGCGAGGAGCCAUGAUCGAGGCUGACGAGGCUACAGAACCCCCACCCUCUGCCCAUGAGAAGGAUGCCGCUGUGCCUCCUGUGCCAGUCAACCCUGAGGACACAGCCCCACUGGCACCAGUUUCAGUGAAGCCUGUGGACAGGCUGGAGAUGGUGCGAGAGGCCUUUAGGCAUGCCUGGAAGGGCUAUAAGGAAUUUGCCUGGGGUCAUGAUGAGCUCAAGCCUGUGUCUAAGUCCUACGGGGAGUGGUUUGGCCUGGGCCUGACUAUCAUUGAUGCUCUGGACACAAUGUGGAUCCUGGGACUGAAAGAAGAGUUUGAGGAGGCGAGGAAGUGGGUGGAGACUGAGUUGUCAUUCUCUAAGAAUGUGGACGUGAACCUGUUUGAGAGCACCAUCCGGAUCCUGGGAGGCCUGCUAAGCACCUACCACCUGACUGGCGAUGAGAUGUUCCUGGAGAAGGCUAAAGAUAUUGGCUUGAGGUUGAUGCCUGCUUUCAAAACCCCCUCCAAGAUCCCCUUCUCUGAUGUGAACAUUGGGAAGGGCACGGCCCACCCCCCUCGCUGGACGUCCGACAGCACCCUGGCCGAGGUCACCAGUGUCCAGCUGGAGUUCAGAGAGCUCAGCCGCCUCACCCAGGACCCGCAGUACCAGGAGGUGGUGAAUGAGGUGAUGAGGCUGGUCCAUAAGCUGCCAGGGAAGCAUGACGGCCUGGUGCCCAUGUUCAUCAACACCAACAGCGGCCAGUUCACCCACAAAGGAGUCUUCACCCUGGGGGCCCGGGCUGACAGCUACUAUGAGUACCUGCUCAAACAAUGGAUCCAGGGAGGCAAGACAGAACCAGAUCUGUUGGAGGACUACCUGGAGGCGAUAGAGGGGGUCAAGAAGCACCUGCUGAGAACCAGUGGCCCCAGAAAGCUGACCUUCGUAGGGGAGCUCAACCACAAUCGCUUCAACCCCAAGAUGGACCACCUGGUGUGUUUCCUGCCUGGCACGCUUGCGCUGGGUGCCCACAAUGGUCUGCCGGAGGAUCACAUGGAGCUGGCCCUGCAACUGAUGGAGACAUGCCACCAGAUGUACAUCCAGAUGGAGACGGGCCUGAGCCCCGAGAUCGCCCACUUCAACCUGCAGCCCUACGACGGGCGAGACGUCGACGUCAAGCCUGCAGACAGACACAACCUCCUGAGACCAGAGACCGUGGAGAGUCUGUUCUACCUGUACAGGUUCACUAAGGACACCAAAUACAGAGACUGGGGCUGGGACAUUCUAGAGAGCUUCAACAAAUAUACCAGGGUGCCAAGUGGAGGCUACACUUCCAUCAGUAAUGUGCGCGACCCCGUGAACCCGGGUCCGAGGGACAAGAUGGAGAGCUUCUUCCUGGGGGAGACGCUCAAGUACUUCUACCUGCUGUUUUCAGACGACCUGGAGCUGCUCAGCCUGGACAAGUACGUGUUCAACACAGAGGCCCACCCACUACCCAUCUGGCAAUUGCCCCCUGUCUGAGACAGGAGGUGAUGUCAUAGAGAAGUAGCCUACCAUGAGAUCCCAGGAUUUGAACUUCCUAGCUGUUACCUUCUCAAGGGAUCCAGCUUGACUCUUUUGUGCACAGUAGAAGACAAACUCAUCAAUGGGUUUUCAAGUGGAGAGGUUUUCCUUGG